CCAUGAGAAUGAGAAAUCUGCUCAGGGAUGGCCUCCCAGCCAAACAAUUUGUACACCAAAAGUUUGGGAAAACUACACAGCUGAGACUGUACAGACAGAGGCCAGCUCCAGCUGCAUUAAAGUUGUAAAGCACUUUGGAAAGUGUCAUGUGAUGCAGGAAGAGAGUACAAAUGAUAUGGAAUGUGAGCAGCUGCCAGCAGAGACACUGCGACAAGUGACCAUUCACCGAGACCCUAUAUAUGGCUUUGGCUUCGUGGCCGACAGUGAGAGGCCUGUGGUGGUGCGAUCUGUGAGGCCAGGAGGCCCCGCUGAGGACAAGCUCCUGACUGGUGACCAGAUUGUGGCUAUUAAUGAGGAGGACGUGAGUGAAGCCCCCAGGGAGAGGUUCAUAGAACUCAUCAGAAGAAGAAAAUCGAAAUCCCUGGCCAGUGGUUUGAGGAUGGGAACCUGCCAUUGUGGAUUUUACUCAUGGAGUACUAAGGAAUUCGUUGUUCUUACAGUUCUGCACACUCAUCAGUCCCCCAAAUCUGCCUUCAUCAGUGCUGCAAAGAAGGCCAAGCUGAGAUCCAAUCCUUCGAGGGUCCGAUUUUCUGAGCAGGUGGCAGUUGGAGAAACGGAUGCAAAAAUGAUGAAGAAAGAAGCUCUUCUCCUCAUCCCCAAUGUCCUGAAAGUCUUCUUAGAAAAUGGGCAGAUCAAGUCAUUCACAUUUGAUGGCCGGACCACUGUUAAGGAUGUGAUGGUGACAUUACAGGACCGUCUUUCCCUGAGGUACAUUGAGCACUUUGCUCUUGUCCUUGAGUAUGCUGGGCCAGAACAGAACCACAAGUUCCUGCUUCUCCAGGAGAAGCAGCCCCUGGCUUAUGUGGUGCAGCGGACACACUAUCAUGGAAUGAAAUGCCUCUUCAGAAUAAGCUUCUUUCCCAAAGACCCUGUGGAGCUGCUGCGUCGGGAUCCUGCUGCUUUUGAGUACCUGUACAUCCAGAGCCGGAAUGAUGUUAUCCGAGAACGCUUUGGAAUGGACCCCAAGCCGGAGAUGCUUUUGGGCCUGGCUGCCCUCCACAUCUAUAUCACUGUUUCAGCCACUCGACCUAGUCAGAAGAUUUCACUCAAGAAUGUGGAGAAGGAGUGGGGCCUGGAACCCUUUCUUCCCCCCUCCCUCCUGCAGGGCAUCAAAGAGAAGAACCUCCGGAAAUCUCUCUCUCAGCAACUGAAGGCUCACCAAACACAUCCUUCCAGUGACACCAAGGGCUCCGCAAUACAGGCAAAGCUCCAGUAUCUUCGAAUUCUGAAUGAACUUCCAACCUUCACUGGCGUUUUGUUCAACACUGUGGGCCUGGAUGAGAAGCAGUCAGCCACCACUCUCCUGGUGGGACCUCGUCAUGGCAUCAGCCAUGUUAUUGACCUCAAAACCAACCUUACCACUGUGCUGUCUGAGUUCAGCAAGAUCAGCAAGAUCCAGCUGUUCCGGGAGAACCAGGGAGUGGCCCGAGUGGAAACCAGCAUCAUGGAUGCUAAGCCUCUGGUGCUGUUGAUGGAGUGGCCUGAAGCCACCAAUUUUGCCUGCCUGAUUGCAGGGUACUGCCGUCUCCUGAUGGAUUCCAGGAAGAUGGUCUUCUCCAGGCCCACCAGCCAGCCUCUUCCACCUCCAAUGAUCAAGGCAGAUUACAUGCACAGCGCCCACCGCCCUGUCGCUGGGGGCCACCUGGGGAAAAAGGAGAGUAGUUAUGUGGGCAGCAUGGGCACCAGCCCCAGGAAGUCAAGCCACUGCACGCCCCCACCUGCCGACUCUGAGCUUGUCAGCUUUUGCUACCUCCACAUGCGGGAACAAAGAAAGGAGCAGGAAAGCCGGAUGGAUGUCAAUGAGAAUUUAAUCUUCUUUGAGGAGCCCAGGCCCCGGACCAAAUCUGACCCUACAUCCAAAAGCUCUGGUCAAGGUCACAGUGUGGUCCCUGAUGACUUUGAUGCAGCCAGCCUGGACCAUGAGCCUUGUGCCAGCAGGGCCCGGUCUUAUACCUUGGACAAUUCCCUUGGGGAUGAAGCCCUGAAUUUCUACUGUGACUCUUGCAAAACCAAACUCCAGGAGCAGCUGGGUCCUCGCAAAGGUGGGAGGCCCAGUUCCUCUCGUGACAAUAUAGUAGACUUGAUGUCCCUCCCACCCCCCGGGAGUGAGGAGGAGGAAGAGGAGGAAGAUGAGAGCACUUCACUGUUGCCUGCCAUUGCUGCCCCACCUCCUGGUUUCCGAGACAACAGUUCUGAUGAGGAUGAUUCCAAGCGCCGGGCUGUCCAGAGCCAAGAACAAGGACGCCAUCUGCGUGGGCUCCUGUAUGAUGAGAUUCCGGUGACACUGAUUGACAGCAUGCAGACCCGGACUGUCAGAGAUCAUGCCCAGGAGUUAGAUGAUGCCCUUGUGUCCACUCUGCAGGCUCUAGAAGCCCUGGCAGCCUCAGAGGAUGGACCACACCCCCCAAGUCCACAGACUGCAGGUCUGAUUGUGCUGGCCACAAUCACCCCUGAAUCAUCGCUGGACUCAGGCCAUGAAACCAACUCUUCAGAGCUCACAGACAUGUCAGAGAUGAUGUCUGCCAUGAAGCAUCAGAACACCACCUACUUCCUGGCGCAGCACCUCAACAAAGACAGUCUCCUGACCCGCAAAGACCUGCCUUUCCGGAUCCAGAGCUGUGCAGCCCAGGCUGUUCUCACAGCCCCUUACUCUCUUGGGCGCCCGGAUCCCAACCCAUCCCUCCAACCAGCUGUCACAGGCCAGAGUCCUGGCCCCACUGGCGCUCGGAGGAAGCUGCCCCAGUCAGAGGCCCAGUCACAGCAAGAGCGAACAUACACCCUGGCAGUGCACCCAGCACUGUCCCCACAGCUUAGUGAGCAGAAGAAUCUGAGCCUGCUGUCCCCAGUUCCUGAGGACAAAGGGACUGGGCACACUAGGACAGGCCUAGAGAUGUCUCUAAGGGCGGCCAUGCCAUCCUUCAGUGAAGAGCAGGUCUCUGAGCUAAGGGAGAACCUGCCAAAGGAGGUCAGGUUGAGCCCCAAGCUUAUCCUGGACCCAAACAGCAGUGUGACCCCAGCGAUCAUCUCAGCUGCCCUACAGCAGGUGGUUCACAGUAAGAGUCUACCUGCCCCUGGUGGGGCUUUGGGCAAUCCCUCCAGCAGUGGGGAAAGAAGGCUGGAGGCCAGCAUGGGGAGGCCUGAGGCUAGUGUGGGAAGGCCGGAGGUCAGCAUGAUGAGCAGCAGUGCCAAUAAGAAUCUUAAAUUCAAAAUGAGUCCUACUGCUCCAGAGAUGCCACGGAAUUCCCAGCAGCAGCUGAGCCCACAGAUCUCUUCCAGCCCCAGAACACCGACAGGCAGCCAGGCUGACAGCCUGCAUCUUUCCCCACAAGAGGACAGGCUGCCUAUUCAAAGUUUUCCUCCCAAAAGCUAUCUUUCAAGAGCAAAUCGAGAGUCAGUGAGCAAGCAAGCUACAGCCCUGGGUGAAGUGACAGGCAAGGGUGGGCCAGACAGUGCUAAACCUUUGCUGCACAAGCAGGGCACUGGCUCCAGCCAAGGGGAGAAGGGGCAGCUGGAGAGCACACCCCAAAGCAGCAAGCUUGAAGAGCCCAGCCUAGUUUCCCGAGCUGGCUACCCCAUGGCUCUGCAGAGCCCCAGCUGCCAGUCACGAAGCCACAGCCCCACCUUCCAGCCACAAAGCCACAGCCACAUCAGCCAGUCUCGAGACCAGAGCCCCAGCUGCCACCCUCAAGGUCAGAGCCCACUGAGGCCCCAAGUCACCAGCCGUCAGGUGAGCACCAUGCCCUCUAGGAAGGUUGAAACAACCCUGGAUGGAGCCCAAAUGACCUCUGAAGGCCCCACAAAGCCCAAAUCAUCUCGAGGUCCUUUUCGGCUACGCAAUUUAUUUUCUGCCACCUUCCCAACCCGCCAGAAGAAGGAGACUGAUGAGCGGCAGGCCCAGCUGCAAAAGGUAAAACAGUAUGAAAUGGAGUUCCUUGAGGAACUUCUAAAGCCACCAGGCCAGGGGGAGCUGCCGGGCACUGAGUAUCUGCAACCCCCAGCACCAGGCCGCUGCAGCUGCCAGCUGCGCAGCAGCCCCUUGCAGCAGGGGCCUGGCAUGUCCCGUGAACAAAGACGCAGUUGUGAUUGCAAGCGCAUGUGCCGGGGGGGUUGGCCACAGGCGCCCCAGACACCAUUGCCUGGCCUCCAAGGGAGGGAGAAGGACAAGGUCUUGCCUACCCAGAGGCAGCCAGAAGUGGGCCCAGACUUGAGCCUCAGCAGUCCCACCAAUGUCCAGCGCAUCCGUUCCACCAGCCUGGAAUCCCGAGAGUGCCGAUCAGAUCCUGAAAGCGGUGUUUCGUGCCUGACCACAUGUGCCUCGGGAGGCGAGUGUCUGGGAGCUCCCAACUACAGAAAACUGAUGCACCACUACAGUAUCAGUGAGCUGGACCAGGGUGACAGGGCCUCACUGACCUUGGAUGUCUAUCCACACCCACCCCUGGGCAUGCUACCCAGGGAGGCCAAGGAGGUAGAGGCAGGCCUCCCCCUUGGCUUAGGUCUGAAAAGCAAGCGUCUGGAGUCACCAACCCUGGGAGACCCUUCAUAUGUCCAAGUUGCCCCUGAGACCAAAGGCCCCAGACAGAUGGCUAUGUUCUCACUGCCAGAAGAGGUAUACCGGAAGCCCAACGAGUUGGACGAGGACAGUGAAAGCAGCAAGUGCUGCUCUAUCCGUUACUGCUUCUACUACCGCAAAUGUGACAUGGCAGAUGAUGCCAGCGAUGGCAAGGAUGAGCUCUCCUACUCCAUCCCCAUGAAGAUCCUACCUGGCAUGAAGCUGGAUGAGAAGGCAGUACCUGUAGUGAGCAGGACCCUCCAGGUGCUAGAUGCCACCACUUGCAGCAGCAGCAACCCUGAGGCCUCCCACACCCAGGAGAUUGACCUUCGGGUGUCCACCUUCGAGGGGAGCCUGGCCAAGAUCAAUGCCCUGCGGGCCCAUGCAUAUGGCCUACCUGACGGUUUCCUGGCUGCCCGGCUGGACACAAAUGAGCUGCUGACAGUGCUGCGGCAGUGUGUGUCCAGCCCCGAGGCCCGCGCCCCCAAGCCCUAUGUCUCCCAGAUAUCUGAGUACAAACUCGAGCUGGCUCUGAAGUUCAAAGAGCUCCGGGCUUCCUGCCGCCGAGUGGCCAACGUGGACAAAAGCCCAACUCACAUGCUGGCAGCUAUCACAGGCAGCUUCCAGGUGCUGAGCAGCCUCAUUGAGACCUUUGUGCGGCUGGUGUUCAUCGUGCGCUCUGAGGCACAGCGCCAAGAGCUGUUAGCCAAGGUAGAAGAGGUAGUGAGGAACUACACCUUUCUGCUGCGUGCUGCUGAGGAGUCCACUGCCCGGAAUCUUAAGCAGCAGCAGCAGCAGCAACAACAGCUGCAGCAGGCAGCAACAGCUAUAGGGGUGGCCACAGGGCACCCACCAGGAUCCCCAACUUCAGCGACUGUUAUGAGCACAUUCACCCACUCCUUAAAAACCCUUAUUAAGUAGGGCAUAUACCCAGGCCUCCCCCCUACCCUAGUCUUAGCACCAGGUUUGAGCUUUGUGGUCCUUGCAUUCUGUGGUGAGUGUAUGUGUCUGCUGGGCCUGUAAGGGGCUAAGAGCUCUCAGUCUCCAGGGAGCAAAAACCUCUCUGCAUCGAGGCUAUCCCUGAAGUCUUCUGCCUGCUGCUGCCCUGGGUAUUCUUACUCCUUCCCUGGCCUCUUGGUGUCACUGUGAAGGCCAAGGCCCCUCAUCACUAUGUCCUCUGCAGAGCUGUAUUUUAUCUCUUCUCUAGGGCUGAGAGCUGACAUCAGGCUCACUUCUUGCUCCAUUUUUGGCAUGAGGAAGCCAGGGCCUGAAGCAGGCCAGCCAGAUGGCCUUGAGCUUGUUCUGAUAUCUAUUCCCCUCCAGGGAGCAGUGGCAAUAGCAGCAGGUCACUGUGCCAAGUGGAGAGGAAAGGGUACUAUGUCUAGAUAUGCCCAUCUACCCUGGGCUCACACUCACUUGGCAGAAGCCACCCCAGAGGGCUCAUGCCCUGGUGGUAGUCCUGCAGAAAACAGCCACACAGGGCUGUUUGCAGCCAGCCCAACAGCUGGCAGACUUGGGAGCCCUUGCCCCCUAGGCCUAGUAGCUCCACACCAGCCAUCCUCAAAGUGUCCUGUCCCUCACUAAUGGGCAGGGCAGCUCAGUCCACUAGGGAGCAAGCAUCUGGGAUCAUCCCACUCAUUCUAGUUAAGGUACCUGGUUAAAAUGUCUGCCCUAGGGAGACCCAGCACAGGCCUCAGAGACUGCCUGGCUCAGCAUAGUGCAGGGGCUGUGGCUGCAGGCAUGCGGCUCCUCUCUUAAUAUCUGUACCAGACCGACUGUCCUUAGGAGUCCA